AUGGACCCCACCCGUGCCCUCCUCGAGCGUCUGUCCGACGGCGCGGUCGCCGGCGUGGUUGACUUCCGGGGCGACCCCGCGCCGCGCGCCUCCACCGGCCGAUGGCCCGCCGCGAUGUUUGUCCUCGUUGUGGAGAUCGCGGAGAGGUUCGCGUACCACGGCGUGUCGGCGAACCUGAUCAGCUACCUGACGGGGCCGCUGGCGGAGUCCACGGCCGCCGCGGCGGCGGCGAUCAACGCAUGGAGCGGCGUGGCCAUGAUGCUGCCCUUGCUGGUGGCCUGCGUCGCCGACGCCUGGCUCGGGAGGUUCCGCACCAUCGUGCUCGCCUCCAUCCUCUUCGUUGUGAGCCUGGGGAUGUUAACCCUGUCCUCCGCGCUGCCGGCGUUCCACUCGGACGGGUGCAGCAGCUUCACCGCGCUCUCGCUCGCGUGCUCCCCGUCCCCGGUGCAGGUGACCGUCUUCUACGUCUCCCUGUAUAUGGUGGCGCUGGCGGAGGCCGGGCACAAGCCAUGCUCGCAGGCGUUCGGCGCCGACCAGUUCGACCAGCACCACCCCAAGGAGUCCGUCUCCAGGAGCUCCUUCUUCAACUGGUGGUUCCUCGGCAUGUGCUCCGGCACCGCCGCCACCACCAUGGUCUCCAGCUACAUCCAGGACAACAUCGGCUGGGGCCUCGGCUUCGGCAUCCCCUGCCUCAUCAUGCUCUUCGCUCUCGCCAUCUUCUUGUUGGGCACCCGCAGGUACCGCUACUACACUUCCACCCACUCCAGCCCCUUCGCUCGCCUCGCCAGGGCCUUGGUUGCGCUCAUCACAGGCUCCAAAUCCAGCCAAUGUGCCAACACUACUCUUGCGGGUGAGGAUGCUGAGUUCAACGCGGAGCACCGCGAGGAAGUGAGGGGCCUGCUUCGUCUGUUCCCCAUCUGGACGACGUGCAUAAUCUACGCCGUCAUCAGCUCCCAGUCGCCGACGUUCUUCACGAAGCAGGUCGCGACGCUGGACCGGCGGAUCGGCGCCACUUUCCUCGUGCCGCCGGCGGCGCUGCAGACGUUCAUCUGCCUGACCAUCAUCGCCUUCGUCCCUGUGUACGACCGGCUCUUGGUGCCGGCGGCGAGGCGGUUCACGCGCCUCUCAACGGGCAUCACGAUGCUGCAGAGGAUCGGCACCGGGCUCGUGCUCUCGCUGGUGGCCAUGGUGGUGGCGGCGCUGGUGGAGGCGAAGCGGCGGGGCGUUGCAAGGGAGGCCGGGCUGGUGGACGACCCAAAGGCGGCGCUGCCGAUGAGCCUGUGGUGGAUGGUGCCGCAGUACGUGCUGUUCGGGGUGUCGGACGUGUUCGCCAUGAUCGGGCUGCAGGAGUUCUUCUACGACCAGGUCCCCGACGCGCUGCGCAGCCUGGGGCUCGCCUUCUACCUCAGCAUCUUCGGGGUGGGCAACUUCUUCAGUAGCUUCCUCAUAUCCGCCAUCGACGGCGCGACCAAGAAGAGAGGCGCCAGCUGGUUCUCCAACAACCUGAACCGCGCCCACCUCGACUACUUCUACUGCCUCCUCGCCGGGCUCUGCGCAGUGGAGCUGCUCGCUUUCAUCAUUGUUUCGCGCGUUUAUGUGUACAAGAAGAGGGUAGCUCACCAUGACGACAGUGGUGCUAUCUUGUAG